AUGUCGACUGCUCUAUCCCCGUUACAGUCCUUUCUGGCGUACGUGCAAGAAGCCACAGGGCUUGCUCCGUCAACAACAGUCUCGUUAUUAGUCCUCGUCGCGUCUAUCAUUUACGUCAUCUUCUCGUACGUCCAGCACCGCGCUGCGCCUGUUCCGCCUCCAGUCCCGGGCCCACCUGAGCCGAUUAAAAUAGGGGAAAUUACCCUCGAGGAGCUAAGCCAGUACAGCGGCAGCGACCCGGAGAAACCGAUCCUUCUUGCCGUUCGAGGAAAAAUCUACGAUGUGACUCGUGGAAAGCACUUCUACGGCCCAGGAGGUCCUUAUGAGGUGUUUGCAGGGAAGGAGGCAAGCCGUGCGUUUGCCAAGAUGUCGACCGAUCCCAAGGACGCCGUGGGGGACCUGACAGGGCUCUCCUACUCGGAGAUGGAGACCUUGAGGGACUGGGAGUCAUCGCUGCAGUUUAAGUAUGAUGUGGUGGGGUCGGUGAAGGCGAGUGAGGGGGGCAUGGGGGGAGGAGACGCAGAAGGAGGAGAAGCUGAUACAGGUGCAGUAGCGGCAGAAGGGGAUGGAGGGGCGGGGGCGGAGGAAGGAGAGAAAGGAUCUGGUGGUGAUUAG